GUAAUCAAGCUUGAUGAUCAUGGCGAGGUGCCAAUACACUCCCGAAGGGAGGGCCUCGACAGGAACAAGGCCGGUGGAGACGACGCGCGAGGAAGAGGAAAGGGAAGAGGAAGAGGAGGAAGGGGCAAAGGAAGGGGAAAGGGCAAGAACUUCAAGGAACCUGUCCCAAAGCCGGACAAGGGCCUUGCAAAGCGGAUGAGCAAGUAUGCUCGAGAAGACAUUGCCUUGAAGGAUGUGGUGUCGAAGCAUGACAAGAAACUUUCUAGUCAGAUGAAGCAAAGAUUUCGCUCUGAUCGAGACAAUGCCUUUCGGCUGGCAAAAGCAGAGGUGUUGCAAACUGCAGAAGCUGGCUUCAUAGAGACAGAAGAAGGUGAUGACUCGCAGACCCAGAGGCUGACACAGCAGGACAUCAUUCAAUCUGCUGGUGUCGGCGUGGCCCGCAAGCAUUUCUUCUUCGACUUGCCUUAUGGGCCUUACUGCUGCUCUGUGGGGCGAAACGGGCAGAACAUGCUGGCUGGUGGCCAAAAGGGCCAUAUUGCCUUCAUGCACCUC